AUGGACCCUGAUGCUCCCGGGAAAACACUCUUCAUCUCGUACCCAACACCCUAUUCUUCCCGGGAUACCCCAGACUUCCCCACAAGAGUGAGAAUUCUUCAACUCUUCAUCAACUCCGGCUCUUCUCCCUACUCCUCAAGCCCGAUGACAAAGCGGCUAUCCGCCCAGGAGAAGAAAGACAGAAAACCAGCCCUGCGGGCCUGCACCUUCUGUCACUCCAAGCACCUUCAAUGCUCCAACACAAGACCUUGCCAGAAUUGUAUCAAAAGAAACAUCGCUCAUGAAUGCAAAGACGUGGUUCGCAAACGUGCAAAGUACAUGGCCCCUGUGGAUUCAGAUGGUGCCUCAGAGACCCCGGCGGUCUCGGAUCAGUCGUUUUUUGAGCCCAUGAUCCCGAAGGACCUGAUGGUGCCUGCCCACCACAAUCAACAUCACACCCAACAUUCAGCAUACAGACUCAGCCCGAAGUUGGAGCACUCCAACUCCAUUAACACGUUCCACGACCACGCACACGACUCGCCUAACUCUACGCCGUCAACCAACACCACCAACUUCAACUCCAACUUCCUCAACCAGGAAUACAUGAUGCUCGGCGACCUCAUCUCCAAACCUUCAUCUCCGCUGUCUUUUGAUGUCACCACUGCACCUCCACCACUUGUGUCGCCCAGUUUUCUCUCGGAAAUCGAAACGGAAAACAGAACGCGUCCGUUCAUCUCGCUUGGCGAUGUCAAAGACGAUGAAUCUCGCUCGCAGGAAUUGAACUUCGAGAUGCCGCUGCUGGACAAACCCCAGUACGUGUCGCCGUUGAUUUCCCACCACAUCUACCAAACGGUUCAAGAUAUCUAUUCCAACAAGGUCAUCAACUUUGACUACCCGCUGUCGUACCAUUCGUUGACGCAUUUUCUUAAGUCUCGGUUUUCGUUUCUGAACUCCGAAUUGAGUGCAGAGGAGAGGGCCAAAAAACGCAGCAACCUUCUCAUAAUCUUAAAGUUGAUUGCAUCGUACCGACCAACUUUCAUUUCCGCCCACAAAUCGCUUUUCCAACCGUUCGACUUCCAAUUUUUGGAGAUGUCGUUUCAGAGAUGUCUACUUGACUAUGAAAAUCUUUCACGGUUGAAUGCAUCACCUACCAUCAUCUGGCGCCGUACAGGCGAGAUCGUGUCCAUGUCUAACGACUUGGUUAACAUUCUUGGCUUGAGCAUCUCCGACAUUCUUUCCAAAAGGACCUUCAUCAUGGAGCUUAUGUAUGACGACGAGUCCAUUGUCGAGUACUUCCGACUCUUUAAGUCAGUAGCAGUGGGCAACUUGCAUCUGACUAUUAAUACGCGAUGUAAACUCAUCAAAAGAUCUACAGCAGAUACUCGCAACAUUGCAAACACCAACACCCAAUUACAAGAUUGUGAUUUUAUUGAGUUUUGUUGUGUGUGGACAGUCAAGCGAGACUUGUUUGAUUUACCUAUGGUGAUAGUGGGGCAAUUUCUUCCGGUGCUCCCCACUCGCGACGGGAUGCGGACGUAUUAG